CUAAGAAUCAGUUAAAUUUUCAUACUCCAGUGAAAAGUUAGCAACGACAAAAUGAAGGCAGUAAUUCUCUUAACUACACUUUUGUGCGCAUCAGCAUACGUCUACGGUGCAGCUGUUGAAUCUCCUGAAACUGAUCCAGUACCAGCUGUUGGAUCUGUUGAAAGUGAUCCAGUGCCAUCUUCAGCAUCCGAUGAAUCCGGCCAAGAUGAUGGCCCAGCACCAGUUACCAGCAGACCCAACAAUAUCGACUUCGAAAAAGCCUCAAAAAUGUAUCUUCACUCAUUACAGAAAAUGAUGCCUUGCGGUUAUGCUGAAUUAGAAAUUCCACCAUUGGCCCCUUAUAAGAACAAACUCUACAGUUAUAACUUCGAAAAGAAUAAUUUCCAAGCCAACGGAAGCUUCUCAAACUUGGUUUUGAGCGGUCUUAACAUCUGGGAAUUACUCGAUUACAGCUAUGACGAUGAGUCAACAUUAUUGACAUAUGAUAUCAAUGUGCCAGCCUUGCAACUACUUAGUGAAUUUGCUUCACACUUAAUGAUAAAUAUUGCCGAUUACCCAAUAAAUAUUGAUGGAGAGGGCAUUGUUAAUUUCAAAAUUGUUGAUUUACGUGCAGUUGGCAGUCUGAACUUUGGACCUAUUCCAGACAAGGAGAAGGGCUUGCAAAUAACUAAUUUCGAUCUUAAAUUCUUUGUUGGCGAUAUUGCAGUUAAGAACUGGAACAAUUUAUGGAAUAUUGCUAUCAACAACUUUGCUAAUGAUUGGCAACGUGAAUUCCUACUUAUGUGGGCUGAACAAGUACAACCUUUUGUCAACGACUUCUAUAACCAAAAUGUAAUCCCAGUGUUGAACUCAGUUUUGGCUGAUACAACUAUGGAAGAGGUCAUUGAUUUCUAUGUAAAAACGAGUGAAACUUUCAAUAAAGUUCAUUGUCACAAACAUUUGGACUAAGUGAAAGUAAGAGUAAUUAAAGCGAGUUUGUAUUUAGCAAUACUUUAACUAUGUUCUGUAUAAAUAAAUACAAAUAAACUUCAUUUUAGCAGCAAAAUUAAA